UUUCCAAAGUCCUCGUGUGUCAAUCAUGAUGCCAGGGUUGCCAGACAAGAUCGGCGCUAUCCGCGAUGCCGUCAAGCGCAAGAGCGUGGCGCUGGCUGGUAUGAAGUCCGUCACGUCCGUCACAAGCUUCUUCAAUCGCGGCCCGAACUCGCAGUUAGAGCAUUCGAACGGCAGUCCGCCAGGGACUUCGGGACGCUCUGACUCGAUCGAUUAUGACGACGACGAGAUGAUCCUGUCACCUCAGAAUCGAGUCUCCCGAGGUACAUCGUCGGAUCGACACUCUGGUUCGAUGACCCGCGUGGAGAAACCCACAACGUUGGUCGGGUCGUCCUCGUACACGGAACCUCCAGAGCCGUACCUCCCGGCGGGGGGCCUUCUCGAGUCGGCGACGAAGAACGUCCAAGCCAAGAUGAUCGAGAUGCUCGAUAUCUACCGCGAUACCAGUCCCUGCGAAGACCCGUCCAUCGAGUGCAGUGUGUUCUUGUCUCGAAAUGUCGCGCAAGCCGACCGCGUCGUCGUGUUCAUCGGCGACAGCGUCGGGUCGCCCGCCGGUAUUUGGAGCUCCAAGCUGUGCGUUCGGUCCGGCUCAGGAGGCGGCGGCAUCCACCACGGCAGUCUCGGCUCCAUGUUGCCCUACUUGCUUCGCGCUCGAGACGAUCUGUUUGGGAUCGUCGUGUUUGACGACAUCUUUCAAAUGCCCGACGACUCCGACGGCGCGUCCAUGCUGCAAGUGGCCACGACCCGCCUCAUCACGGGCUGGCGCGACCACAUCGACUCGUCCCAGGCAUCUCACGCGUUCAUCGUGUGCUACGGCGAAGGCGGCCGAUUGCUCGUCGAAACAUUGCGCGCGCACUUGCCGGAGAUGCGCCGCUUACUCAGCGGCAUCGCGUUCAUCCAGUCGACGCACCGCGUGGACUCUGCCGACACUUAUCUCCUGCGCAAGACGAUGGCGCAGUGGGCUGUUCACUACGCGUCGUCGAUGGAGCCUCAACUCUCGCGCCUCAAGCACAAAGAGCAUGAAGCAGGAUGUGUGGUGCUGAGCGCCGGGUACGAUGGUUCGGACGUCGAAGUGCUGCAGUCUGUUCUGCACUCGGUGUUUUCAGCUUUCCGCGCGCGGUAUGCUGGCUUCCGGACGUCCAACGUGUCGACGGGUAUGGAGAAGGGGUGCUACGUGUGCAAGCAAGCGUUCAACAUGCGGCGGUGGCGGCGCCAUUGCCGAACUUGCCAGAUGCCUGUGUGUGAAAAGUGCAGCUCGAUGGAAUCGACCAAGCUCGAGGGCAGCGUGCGGCUGUGCCUGACGUGUCGGGUGCUGCCGAGCCUGGUGUCGUGGUCCCGCCCGCGCGCCGUCCGCCUCGGCGAGAAGGACUCUGUGUUUGUCGACAGCAGCAUCCCCGGCAAGAUGAGCGUCAACGACUUUGAGCUCGUGAGUGUGAUCGGCAAGGGCGCAUGUGGGACGGUGCUGCUCGUGCAGAAGAAGGAUAGCUCCAAGUUGUACGCGAUGAAGGUGCUCAAGAAGGAUUGGGUCAUGAACAAGGACCUGGUGACGCAGACCAUGGCGGAGCGCCGAAUCUUGCAAGAAGCCAACCAUCCGUACAUUGUCCAACUGCGCUUCGCCUUCCAAAACAACGACAAGCUGUACAUGGUCAUGGACUACUACAGCGGCGGGUCCCUUCGCCAGGUGCUGCGCCGCCGCGGCCGCUUUAGCAUCAAGCGCGCUCGGUUUUACCUGGCCGAGAUUUUGCUCGCGAUUGCCCACUUGCAUGCGUCCAACAUUCUGUACCGAGACUUGAAGCUUGAGAACAUCGUGCUGACCGCCGACGGCAACGUCGCAUGCACCGACUUUGGGCUGUCCAAGGAAGAAGUGGACAAGGAGACCGGCCGCGCGUCUUCGUUUGUGGGCACGUGCGAAUAUUUGGCGCCGGAAAUCAUCAUGAAGCAACCGUACGGCACGGCCGUGGACUGGUGGGCGUUUGGCAUCCUCAUGUACGAAAUGGUGCAGGGAGACUCGCCGUUCCGCCAUCAGAACCCGGCGGUCUUGUUCGAGAAGAUCCUUUCCGACGAAGCUGUCUUCUCCGAACGCUUCACGCCCGAGGCCAAGGACUUGGUAAACAAACCUGAUGUUACACUUGCUUAUUAACAUUUGACGACCAUGUAUUGUUCACCGAUGCCGACGACCUUCCCACUUGGCGACUACAUAUGAUUCACAUUGGACGUCCAUGUGUAGGUGACGAGAUUGUUGAACAAGGACCCGAACGCCCGCCUUGGGUCGGGUCCGACGGGUGCCGAGGAAAUCAAAUCGCACGAUUUCUUCAACGACGUCGACUGGGCUGGUCUUUUGGCGCAAACCGUCGACGUGCCCCGGCCGCCGCAUCGCCAGGAAGACGUAACCCCCGAAAGCUGCUUGAGCCGAGCGAUCGCCAAGACACGAGAAGCGCGCGAAGAAUUGAUGCCCGACUCGCCGGUCAACAUGCCCAACUCCCCGAGCGCGUCGCGGGCCAAGCAUUUUGAUCGGUUUUCGUACGCGGGUGGCGAGUUGGCCGCGGAAGCCAAGGAAGUCCACGACAGCGCAAGUGCUCAAUAUGAGGAUGUGAUCGAGGAGGAAGAAGAGGGAGAGGACGGCGACGACGACGGACCGCAAACGCCCCAGGACGUGACGGUUGGAGGUGAGGACGACCCAUCGACGCCUCUGGGGAACGACCCGCCGCCAGCUCAUUUCGGAGAUUUUGACGACGAUGACGACGACGACGAUGAUGAUGAUGACGAAUCGUUUGAAGAAGUCGACCACCAUCCCGUGCACAAAAAACCAAAUAGCAUCGAGUUGUAGUACAGUAAUCCCAUGAGUGGAAUAUGCAGUCGACCGGUUUUGGGCUAGAAGCUCACCUGUGAAAUCUGAUGAAAUAUUGGAACCCGACCAGUUGACCCUCUAGAAUAUGAUUGCCAUCUUUGGAGUGUAACU